AUGCCAGUGUGUUCUACAAUUCACUUAUCAUGUACGCUGACACAAAUUUUGUUCACGACUUCUAGUAUCAGUACAAGGCUUUAAAACACGCAGCGUCACGCAGCAUCACGCAGCGUCACAAGGUAUCACAGAGUAUCACAAGGUAUCACUGCGUAUCACAAGGUAUCACUGCGUAUCACAAGGUAUCACUGCGUAUCACAAGGUAUCACAGAGUAUCACAAGGUAUCACAGAGUAUCACAAGGUAUCACAAGGUAUCACAAGGUAUCACAAGGUAUCACAAGGUAUCACAGAGUAUCACAAGGUAUCACAGAGUAUCACAAGGUAUCACAGAGUAUCACAAGGUAUCACAGAGUAUCACAAGGUAUCACAGGGUAUCACAAGGUAUCACAGAGUAUCACAAGGUAUCACAGGGUAUCACAAGGUAUCACAGAGUAUCACAAGGUAUCACAGAGUAUCACAAGGUAUCACAGAGUAUCACAAGGUAUCACAGAGUAUCACAAGGUAUCACAGAGUAUCACAAGGUAUCACAGAGUAUCACAAGGUAUCACAGAGUAUCACAAGGUAUCACAGAGUAUCACAAGGUAUCACAGAGUAUCACAAGGUAUCACAGAGUAUCACAAGGUAUCACAGAGUAUCACAAGGUAUCACAGAGUAUCACAAGGUAUCACAGAGUAUCACAAGGUAUCACAGAGUAUCACAAGGUAUCACAGGGUAUCACAAGGUAUCACAGAGUAUCACAAGGUAUCACAGGGUAUCACAAGGUAUCACAGCGUAUCACAAGGUAUCACAGAGUAUCACAAGGUAUCACAGAGUAUCACAAGGUAUCACAGAGUAUCACAAGGUAUCACAAGGUAUCACAAGGUAUCACAGAGUAUCACAAGGUAUCACAGGGUAUCACCGAGCAUCACAAGGUAUCACAGAGCAUCACAAGGUAUCACAGAGUAUCACAAAGUAUCACAAAGUAUCACAGAGUAUCACAAAGUAUCACAAGGUAUCACAAGGCAUCACAAGGCAUCACAAGGCAUCACAGAGUAUCACAAAGUAUCACAGAGUAUCACAAGGUAUCACAAAGUAUCACAAAGUAUCACAAGGUAUCACAAAGUAUCACAAAGUAUCACAAGGUAUCACAAAGUAUCACAAAGUAUCACAAAGUAUCACAAAGUAUCACAAAGUAUCACAAGGUAUCACAAGGUAUCACAAAGUAUCACAAGGUAUCACAAAGUAUCACAAAGUAUCACAAGGCAUCACAAGGUAUCACAAGGUAUCACAAAGUAUCACAAGGUAUCACAGAGUAUCACAAGGAAUCUCAAGGCAUCACAAAGUAUCACAAGGCAUCACAAAGUAUAGGAUGA